CAAAAAUAAAAACCAGGGAACAGUGCUGGCACUCCUCAAUUAACAAAGCCACACCAGGUGUCGACGUCUCACAUCACUUUGUAUUGCGUGACUCCUGUGAUCCGUGUCACGAACCUACGUCGAAGCCCCCUCAAAUCUAUCCCUCUCUCUCUCUUCUUCGCCUUCCCUAUAUAUACUACCCCCCACUUAUUCUGAACUUACAACCUCCCUCAUCUCAACUCUCACAUUUACUCUCUCUAAACUCACUUUCACUCUCUUCAAUCACAUUUCUUCUCUCCUCUGAUCUGAAAGGGUAGAGACAGAAAAUGGGGCGUUCGGGUCAUGAGUUUGGGUUAAGGGCGCUUGUGUUGGUGAUCUUGGUCCAAGCCUGUAUGGGUGGGCGCAGGCUAACGGCUCUGGUGCAACAGCCCCCUUUGGUUCUGAAUUACCACAAUGGGGCACUGCUUAAGGGCGAUCUCACCAUCUCUCUUGUCUGGUAUGGCAAAUUCUCUCCGUCGCAGCACGCCAUCAUCACCGAUUUCUUGCAGUCGCUGGUGCCGACCUCCAAAGCCACCGCCCUUGCGCCUUCAGUGUCCUCGUGGUGGGGCACUCUCCACAAAUACACACCGGCGGCCAAAGCCGGAGAUGCCAAGGGCGUGGUUCAGCUCGGCACCCAGAUUAUGGAUGAGGCGUACUCAAUGGGCCGCUCUCUUGAGAGGGCUGCCAUCCCCAAGCUCGCGGCUAAAGGUAGUGGAACCGCCAACAUAGUGUUGGUGUUCACCGCAGCCGAUGUCACGGUAGAGGGCUUCUGUAUGAGCAGUUGUGGGUUUCACGGCUCUGAUGUCUCGCAAGUCGGCAAAGGCAAGUACGCGUACAUUUGGGUGGGCAACUCUGAGACCCAGUGCCCGGGCCAGUGCGCGUGGCCCUUCCACCAGCCGAUUUUCGGCCCCCAGACCCCACCUCUCAUCGCGCCCAAUGGCGAUGUGGCGGUGGACGGGAUGGUGAUCAACUUGGCGAGCCUGUUGGCGGGGACGGCGACCAACCCAUUCGGGGAUGGCUACUACCAGGGCCCCGCGAGUGCGCCACUUGAGGCCGCGUCUGCGUGCCCGGGAAUUUACGGGAAGGGAGCAUACCCUGGUUAUGCAGGGGAUUUAUUAGUGGAUAAGGUGAGUGGUGCGAGCUAUAAUGCGAAUGGCGUUAAUGGCCGGAAGUACGUGCUGCCCGCCCUCUGGGAUCCUCAGACCAAUUCUUGCUCCACGCUUGUGUAGGGCAGUGCAGUUACAGAUGAAAGUUCAUGUACAAAACUACAUUCCAUUUGUUUUGUUUUUUUAUUUUUGUGAUAUCAGUCUAUAUAUAAAAGAAGAUGGUUAAUUGCAUAUUUUAGUUAUGGAAAAAGUUUAUAUAGGGAUGCUAUCU